CAGUUCGAAGUGAGCAGUUGUGUUACCAACGUAUCGGACUGCGCAAGUGCUUUUUUUUACAACAAAUAUAUAAAAAAUAAAAAAAUACAUACAACAGCCGAGCAAGUAGCAAUAAUAAAUUGUAUACACACAUACAAAUACGAAUACGCAUACGCAUACAAAUAUACAAAAUACAAGUGCUGUGUAGUGGAACGUUCGAAUACAAAUACAAAUGCAAAUACAAAUACAUACAUAGGCAUAUAGGAGUGUAGUGUACACUCGAAUGCUCGGCUGGUUGCUAGUAAAAUUCCACUGUUCAACGAAGGAAGUUGUGUAUUAAUAAAAUAAAUACAAAAUUAAAAAUAAAUGGUAUUGCAAAACGUGUAAAUCGCGGCCGUGUGACAGGAAUCCAAAUCACGUUUUUGACAAUCAUUCUCAUUUAUUUUUGUGCUCUGUUGUGCGUGUGUAUAUUCUCUGAGAGUGGCCGAACCGAGACGUGACUGCAAAGAAAUUUCAAGGUUUCCAUCAGUAGUAAAAUAUAAAAAAAAGAAAAAAGCGUGGGCGGUAUUGAGUGAACCUAUAGAAGUGAGAGAACUAGUCUAUUACAAUUAUACUUUGAGCCCAACGAAUGUGUAUGAAGAUAUAUACAUCUAUAGGCGAAUAGUGUGUAUAGAUAAGCAGUCGUCGUUGCUUCUUAUCAGCACUGUCACAUUCACAAACACAAUCACAAAAAACAAAAGGCAAAAGCUAACGCCACACUGCUGAUCUGAUAAGCCUAUAAGAGUCAUCAGACACAACUGUGACCGUAAAAGUGAUAGUGAUAGAUUAAUAAAAAAAAUAAAUACGAAUACGAUAUGUUAUGUUACACAAACAUCGAAUAAGAAGAGUGUUGCAGGAGGGCGAAGAGUAUUGGAUAUUCACGUGUGAUACAAAUUGACAAUCAACAGCAAUCGAAUAUUCGAAUGGCAAAAUUUUUAAACAUAUACAAAAAGUGAACCCACCAGAAAAUACCACCACUGUUGCCGACGCCGUCGCAAACACAAUCGUCGUCAACGUCGUGUCUCCGUCUCAAGCAACAAUAAUUUCAAUUCGCCGUAUUUGAUUUCGCCGUACUCGACAACCUGUUUGCUGACUCGCCCGCCGGCGUUUUAUUUCUCUCUUUCGCUCGCUCCGAAUUUUGUGCUUUGACGUCGAAAGCAACAUCAUCACCAUUCCACCACAAUUGCAAGCAACGUCGACGCCGCAGAUUGAGAGGACCGGGCUACGUAGUGAAGCAGCACUCACAAUUCUACACAGGAUCAUUGUUUCCAGUAGCCAAAAUCAAAAUCAUCACAGCAAAAGUUUAAACAACAGAAUCAGCAGCAACAACAGCAAUAUGGAGCCUUAUUGGAGCGAGGCAAAUGGACAUGCCGCACAUCCGGUUAAGUAUGAGAGCGAAGCAGCUGUCUCCAGUUUUCCUUAUUGCACAGAAUCUAGUUUAAAUUUUUCAACAUCGGCAACGGCAUACAGCGAGGACGAUGCUGAAUAUGCCACCGGAAGACGAAAUAAAACAUCGAGGCAAGAUCCAUUGUCGCAUCGCAUCAUUGAGAAGCGUCGGCGUGAUCGCAUGAAUUCCUGCUUGGCAGAUUUAUCCCGCCUCAUACCACCGCAAUACCAACGCAAGGGACGUGGACGCAUUGAGAAGACGGAAAUCAUUGAGAUGGCUAUCCGACAUUUGAAACACUUGCAGAGUGAGUGCUUGCAAAAGGAGAGCGAGUAUCGCAGUGGGUAUAUGGACUGCAUGAAGGAGGCCGCCAAGUUCCUUUACGAUAGCCAAAUGCAAGACUUUUGCUAUCGCCUUUUGGCCCGGCUGCAAGAGCACAUUGAUGAAUUGUUCAAGGCUGACUGCUACAAGUCAACACGCAGCUGUCACAUGCCUGACAAUGUUAGUGCAUCCAGCGGAAGUCCCCACCAGGCCUAUCAUCCGCCUUUGUGCCACUUGCGUGAUAUGCUAGGUGCCUCUGAUGUAGAGCAUAGCAAUGACCACAACGAUGUGAAAGACCUCAGUUUUCGCAAUCAUCUCAAUCAGCUGCAGCGUAGCCAACAAGUUGCCGCUGCAGCAGUUGCUGCUGCUGCUGUCACCAAUGCAUCAAGCGCUUCAAAUGUCAGCAUCGAGGGCCAGAGCCCCAAUAAGCUUGUGGUGGGUAAUGGAAAUGCCAUUACCAUUGCCAGUGCCAAUGACAGUGCUAGUGAUAAUGUACCCACGAAUUCAGUCGCAUCCAACACAGGCAGUAGCAACGCAGCAAGCUCGACUACAUCAACAUCCUCAUGUCUUACGUUGGCAAAGACCUCAUCUGCCGCCGUUGCAAUCACAGCCCAUCCGCAACCGCAUCAGGCGCCGGUGAUUACUUCGACUGCUCCGCAUCAUCACACAGAUAGCAGCCAGCCUGAUUUUGACUCAUCACGCGAGCCGAUCCUCCAUACGGAUACUUCCAACAUGCAUUCGCCCCCGCCCCGCGAUGCUUUACAACAUCAGCACGCUCAUCUCGCCCAUAAUCCUCACACGACAGAUAGCUUGCUGUCUGUACGCAUGCGCAACUACUCAGAGUCGUCGCAUGAGAUAGAGCAUAACAAUAAUUAUAAAUAUAAAAACCACAUUAAAGAGCGUUUUGUGCAUGAGCUUCACGAUGAGGAGACAAGUAGCGAGCACGCGCCGCACCUACAGAACGAGCAUUCUCACCUACAUGCAUUAUCCGAGCACUCCAAGGAUGGCACGGAACCUGAAAUAGCGCCCAUUAUGGCAAAGAAACGCAAGCUGGCCGAGGCAGCAGCCGCGGCGGCAGCAGCUUGCAAUGGCAAUUUGCCAUUAGAAGUGCACAGCGAAGCCAGCAACACUAAUCCACCACGUUCCAUGAUGCUACUUCGUGAUGAUAAGCCCUCCUUUAGCUUUAGUGACAUCAAGGAUAUCAAGUCGGAGAUGCACAACUUUAACUCAAACUCUAGUCCGUUGUUAGCGAAGCUGAGCGCUGCUGGCGCUCAGUUAAGCACGCCAAGCAGCACAACAGCACCGAUUCAUCCGCGACAUUCAUUUUCCGUGCCAAUUUUUGCAUUGCACUGCCAAGGAAACUAUUACGUGCCGUUAAACGUGGACUAUAAUGCGUUGGUGCCAUAUCUUAACGGUGUCGAUCUCCUCGAGAAAAGCUAUACGAGUAUGCCUGUGGUUCAUCCUAUCAACAUAAAUGUUAAUUUUAUGACCAGCUCUACGUCAGCUUCACUACUGGCGGCAGCAGCUGCAGCUGCAACAGAUGCUGCCGGAAAGCAACAGAAUGUAGUUGCCACCCACUCCGCAACGGUGGGUGCAAACUCGGCCGCUGCUCAGGAUCUGUUAAGAUCUGCAGCAGCUGUAACCAAGGCCAAACUAGAGCAAGCUAUCAGUAACAGUUGGUAAACAUAAGUGGAGUGAAUGGCCCACCACAAAAACAAAUGGAAGAAAACAAUUCUACCUCACUACUUCUGUGAAUAAUCAUCAAAUGAUUGAUUCCAAAUAUUGUGUGUAAAAUUUAUUGGCUGCGACAUACAAAAAAUUAAAAAUACAUAUUGUUCGAGUAUACUCGAAUACAUAUAUUCUGAAAGUUUCUCGGAUGUUGUCUCUAAGCCACAUCCAUAACUUCAUUAAUUAAAUAAUGGAACACAAAUUAUUUGUGUACAAGUACAUAUAUCAAAAUGGUUCACAUUGUGUGUGUUUAGUAUACUUAUAUUACUGUUUCGAUAAAUUAACAUAAAUCAAUUAAGAGUGUAUUGUGUUUUUUUUUUAAUUUUGCUCAGUUAAACAUGUAAAUACAUACAAUAUAUGUAUACAUAUAUUUAUCUACCAGAUGUAUAAACUUUCUAGUGUGUUGCCAAGGAACCAGCCGACGUUAACAAAUCAAAGCAGAUAACAAUUGAAAGUAAUCGUAAAUUGUGCAUUACUAUAAGUAUGUAUUUUUAGAUGAGUAAUAAUGUUUUUCAAUAGAAUUGUGGUUUCAAAUUUACCUACAAGUUAGUGUUUUAUAAAUUUAUAAAUCAUUAGUCAAACUAAAUUUUAGAUACUAGUUCAUUUCAACCGAAUGGUAUUUCUGCGAAAAACCAUAUGUACAUAUUAUUAAUGAAACAAAUUAUACAUAAUAUUAUUUGUUACAAAUUAAACGAUUUAGUGACAAAUUAGGAUAGGUUUGUAGGGCUCGAGAAUUUACAAAUAUAUUGGGCAAAUUAUAAUACUAUUAUUACUAAAUGUAUGAAUUUUGAAUUAAUGUUUGUUAAAGUUUAUACCAAUUUUCAUUUUCGAAAUACGGUGUACUAUUAAAUGUGUAAAAUGCAUUGAUUGACAACUUUGUUUUAAAGCUUAAACGUUGUGACCAUGUAUUUGAUAUUUAAUCAACAAUAAUGUAAAAACAAUAAAAAAAAACAACAAUCCAAAUUGUAUUUAAGUGUCUGCUGUUAUGAACUAAAAGUUUAAUGCACAAAAUAUUCAUGUUGUAUGGAUUUUAAUAUGACGAUUACGUUUACUACAGUACAAUUAAUGUAAUAUUACUGGUUAAUAUAUUUUAUAUAAAUAUAUAUGUAUUCUUAUUUAAUAAAGUUGAUAAAAUAAUACUGA